AAAUGUGUUGUGAACGUUCUGUCAGUCCUCCAUGAUCUGUCCAGGAUUGGCAUAUGUUGUCUGGGGAUGGGUCUGCCGGAUUCGAAGGUGAUUUUUCCAACUAUAUUUUAUGGGGUUGCUAUGGGAUCUUUUAAGAAAGCACAAGUCUCGUGUUCGAUCUGCAGCGAAGUCAAUGUGCGCAAUGGUGGACAGAUGUCUGGCAGCGAAAGCUCCCGCAUCAGAAACGCCGUUUUAGUCGCAAGCUAGCUGGCUCUCUGUGAUCGCUCCUGACAACCUCGAUUUUCUGUGAUGACGACAACCGUGAAUACAGCUUUCGUUCAAUGGAUCUUGGUUUUUGUCGCAGAGCUAGCUGUAUCAGAUCUUAAUAUAACAAGUCAUGCAUCAGGGAGAUGGUGUGAUUGCCACCUCCAUCUCAUAUAAACAUUUGAAGCGCCGAGAGGGCGUGUACGUUCUUAAAACUAUUUUAUGAAUUUGGUCGUUUACUCAUCACCGAAUCGUCUAUCUGGCGGAAACACUCCUCGAGGCCCAUGGAAGCAGAUGAACCGAACAGCGAGCCCGCUGCCGACUCCCGCGAUGAGUGGAGGCUCCUAGCAUGGACCGUCUUGGCCGUUAUGGUCCCUGUGCUGAUUACGCUGUGGUGCAGCGUUCAGCGCUCCAAGCGGAAGAUGAUCAUAAAGGACAGAAGCAAGCACGGGUGGCACUACACCGACCUCUUCAACAAGCCCACCUACUGCUGCGUCUGCUUCCAGCACAUCAUCCAGGGGGCCUUCUGCGACUGCUGCGGCGUCUGCGUGGACGAGCAGUGCCUGCGCCGUGCCGACCGUAGCCUGCCGUGCAAGGAGAUCAUGGCGCCGGCCCAGGCGGACGGAACGCAGGCCCAUAGCUGGGUCCGCGGAAACGUCCCCCUGUGCAGCUACUGCGCGGUAUGCAAGCAGCAGUGCGGCACCCAGCCCAAGCUGUGCGAUUUCAGGUGCGUCUGGUGCCAGACGACUGUGCACGACGACUGCAAGUCCCUGCUGGAGGACGGAGGGCGCUGCGACCUCGGAGAGUUCCGGAGCCUCAUCGUUCCGCCGCACUACCUCUAUCGCGUCAACAAGCUGCGCCGCGGCUACACGGAGGAGCACAGCAAGCUAGCAGCCACCCUCGGGAGCGGCUGGUCCCCCGUGCUGGUCCUGGCUAACACGCGCAGUGGGAACAACAUGGGAGAGGCCCUGCUGGGAGAGUUCCGCACCCUGCUCAACCCCGUUCAGGUGUUCGACCUGUCGCAGCUGUCUCCAGCCAAAGCCCUGCAGCUGUGCGCGCUGCUGCCCCCGGGCAGCGUGAGGGUCCUGGUGUGCGGGGGGGACGGCACGGUGGGCUGGGUGCUUGACGCCAUCGACACCAUGAAGCUCAAGGGCCAGGAGCAGUUUGCCCCCCGUGUCACCAUCCUGCCCCUCGGGACAGGGAACGAUCUGUCCAACUCCCUGGGCUGGGGGGCGGGCUACGCUGGGGAGAUCCCUGUGGAACAGGUCCUGAGGAACAUCCUGGAUGCUGAGGUCGUCAAGAUGGACAGGUGGAGAGUUCAGAUCACUUCAAAAGGAUAUUACAACUUUCGUAAACCAAAGGUUCUGUCCAUGAACAACUAUUUUUCGGUUGGCCCGGACGCCCUGAUGGCGCUGAAUUUCCACGCCCACCGUGAGAAGACGCCCUCUCUGUUCUCUAGCCGCAUCAUUAACAAGGCUGUUUAUUUCUUCUACGGCACCAAAGACUGCUUAGUUCAAGAGUGUAAAGAUCUGGACAAGAGGAUUGAGCUGGAGCUGGACGGGGAGAGGGUGAACCUGCCCAGUCUGGAGGGCAUCAUCGUGUGCAACAUCGGCUACUGGGGAGGAGGCUGCCGGCUGUGGGAGGGCAUGGGGGACGAGCCCUGCCCCCCGACCAGGCUGGACGACGGGCUCCUGGAGGUGGUGGGGGUGUUCGGGUCCUUCCACUGUGCCCAGAUCCAGGUCAAACUGGCCAACCCGGUGCGCCUGGGCCAGGCCCACACGGUCCGGCUGGUGCUGAAGAGCUCGCGGAUGCCCAUGCAGGUGGACGGGGAGCCGUGGGCGCAGGGUCCCUGCACCAUCACCAUCACCCACAAGACGCAGACGCUGAUGCUGUACCACUGCGCGGAGCAGACGGACGACGAGGACGACAACAGCAGCAGCUCCGAGACCGAGGGGCCCGCGUCCCAACCCGUCUGCGGCCGAACAGUGCCUACCAGCACCCCGUAGCUCCUCACCCUC